AUGUCAGAAAGAGGAACUACUGACUGAAAAAAGACAGAACUGCUGCGGAUGUUUACCAUACUGAUUUGCGAACUCGCUGCAUCAAUCGAGCAAAUCUGAUUUAAGUUGAUUUCAGCGGCUAUUCUGAUUCUGAUUGAUUGCUUAUUAGUAAUAUUUUAAAUACUGAAAGAUCGUCGUGGAAUAUAUUUUACUGCGUCCAUUGACAGGUUACAUUUUUUAAGCGAAGCAUAAUUUCACUUCCUGGAGUCGAAAUUGCUGUAUAACAGAUAAUUCCUUACAAGUUAUGGAGGACAUGCGGUUAGAAACCAUAAGUGAGGCAGCACUAAGUAGACUUGGUUACAUGCUAGACAAUGCUGAGUGCGGUUGGAAACAGCUGGCAAAAGCAGUGGCUGAGCAGCCACAGUUCUGCUAUAGUGACAGAGAGAUGACCGACUGCUCACUCAAAGUGCUAAGUCCACAUGGCAGUCCUGGCAGAUAUCUGCUUGCCCUCCUUGCGGAUAGAGGCUGUACGUUGGCUUUCUUGCUUCAGUGCCUGAAGAAAAUCGAGCACCGAGAGGCUGUUGGAUUUCUCACUACAAAUGUCAUGGAGCAGAUUGACAUCAUACAGCAGCCACAGAGUCAGCGUAUAGCGGAGGGGAGUCCUGUGGUUCUGAGCUGCAAAGCAGUCGGUCCUGUAGAGCUGCAAUACCAGUGGUUCAAGGGGAAAGAUGAGAUGCCAGAAGGUAACAGCCCAGAUUUGGUGUUUAAUCAUGCAAGUCCAGCACAACAGGGGCACUACAUUUGCCGCGUAAGUUCUGGAGACAAGUACAUCUUCUCCAACUGGGCUCAUGUACGUCUACUAAGGUCUGGAGGAGCAAGUGCAGAUUCCAGUAGCAGCUACUUCCCUUCAACAGCUAGUGGGUUGACUAUAACACAACAACCCAGGCCUCAAGCGUUAAUGGAGGGAGACACGCUCUGUCUUGAAUGUGCUGCCCAGGCUAAUCCUCCUCCACAGUUCCAAUGGUAUUUUAACAAAGAAUUAAUGCCAAAGUGCAUAAGAAACUUCCUAAAGAUUCCAUGCAUAACCACAGCUGACAGAGGUACAUAUGCUUGUAGAGUUUACAACCUGUAUCAUGAAAUGUGGAGUGAUCAGGUCCAAGUAAACAUUGGUCCUGGUUCCUGUUCUGAAAGCUCAUGGGACAAAACUGCAGUAGCUAAUCUUGAGGCGAAUCUAAAGCAAAUGGGUGAUUGUUGCGCCACUGAUAAGGUAGCACUACUUAUUGGGAACAUGAACUACCUGCAUCAUCGCCAGCUGAGAGCUCCCAUGGCGGACGUUCACGAGCUGACAAACCUUCUACGCCAGCUAGAUUUUAAAGUGGUUUCUCUGCUGGAUCUCAACUGGCAGGAGAUGCAUAGCGCUGUUACUGAGUUCCUGCUGCUGUUGGAUCGAGGAGUUUAUGGCCUGUUGUAUUUUGCUGGUCAUGGUUAUGAGAACUAUGGGAAUAGUUUCAUGGUGCCCAUUGAUGCUCCAGCCUCCUACACCUUUAAACACUGUCUGUGGGUGCAGGAAGUGUUACAGAGGAUGCAAGAACGGCAGACAGGACUUAACGUCUUUCUGCUGGACAUGUGUCGAAAACGAAACCCAAACGAUGAGGGCAUCCCACAACCUGAUCCCUUAAGAGUGACGGCAAACAUAGUUUUUGGCUAUGCUACGUGUGUUGAUGCUGAAGCAUUUGAAGUAAAUAAAGAUGAUCUCUCUAAUGGAAUCUUCAUGAGCUUCCUCAAGAAAAGACUAAUGGAGCCAGAGAAGGUCACGGUCAUACUUGAUAAAGUAGCAGAAGACAUGGGAAGGUGUGAAAUCACUCGAGGUCGGCAGGCUCUGGAGCUCCGCAGUAAUCUAUCAGAGCGCCGUGCUCUGACGGACAAAAUUCAGGCUCCAGCAUGCCAAAUCGCAGCAUCAACACGGAAUUUACAGUGGGCCAUUGCACAUGUCCUCCCAGAGAGCCGCUGUCUUCGCUUUAAUUGUGGUGUCACGGUGCAGCUUGGUUUUGCUGCAGAGUUUUCCAAUAUCAUGAUAAUCUACACUCAGAUAUUGGAGACUCCUACUGACAUUGUGACCUGCUCUGCCCAGCUUUCUGAUUUUACAGAGGGCCCUGAAGUUGACCUGAAGCGCAGCAAUCAGGAGAGUCUCCUCGAGGCUGACAGCUUCCUGCUGACCAUAGAUGAUCUACUGCCUCUGAAACAACCUCAGCUCUUUACUCGUAUUAGUGCCCUGCAGAGACUCAAGAAAGAACUUUCCUUUACUGUGUGUCUACACUACAAGUACGGUAAUCUGGAUGAAGAGCUCCUGGAAGAGAAAAAAAUCACUGUAGGAAAGCCUCUAGUGUCAAAACUCAAUCUCCACGAGCCACGGCUCUUUCACAGUUCAACCUCUGAUCAACAAAUGUCCAGUUUAUUGGACUCUUCAUCCUUCAGCGAAAGCUUCAGAGCUAACCUGCCUGACUUAAAACAUUCCUCCAUUGGAUCGGCAUCUACAUCCUUGCCCAACUAUCGGGUACCAAUGGAAUCGUUUGCAUGCUCUGGUUUGAAGAAUGAACCAGAGGAAACAUUAAGUCCAGAGUUUCUUGAGUCUGAAGAACCGCCCGCCAUUAAGAGUUUACCCAGUGCUGCUUCUGAGGAACUGCCAUUUAAAUUUAGCAACUUUCAAAAUUCUAUUUAGCAGUAAAGUGUUAACUGAGAUCUAUUACAAACUGUGAAUGCAUUGCAGUAUCAUUUCUUUGUAUUCCCCGCACCUUCCAUGUUACACAGACAUGAUGAGAAUGUAAAGUGUAUGUGCUGUUAAUAUUUGCAGUAUGGUAUUAUUGAAAAGACUACCAACCAGUGCAUUAAAUUAUAUAAUAAUA